AUGACACCAGCCGAACCAAUCGCCAUCAUCGGUAGUGGUUGCCGAUUCCCUGGCUCGGCAUCCUCACCUUCCCGACUAUGGGAUCUCCUCCGAGAGCCACGUAACGUGGCAUCCAAACCCCCAGCGGAUCGCUACAACGGAGAUACCUUCCACUAUGGCGGGAAAAAAAGUUUACCACCUGGAAUGAUCAGUUCUCCAGAGUCUUAUUUCCUGGAGGAAGAUGUUCGUGCAUUUGACGCGCCCUUUUUCAACAUCUCGCCGGCCGAGGCGGCAUCGAUGGAUCCUCAGCAACGGCUACUAUUAGAAGUUGUAUACGAAUCACUUGACCGAGCCGGGCUGCAGCUGAAACGUCUGCAAGGCUCGUCAACCGGCGUGUACUGCGGUGCUAUGAACUACGAUUACAGCCAGCUGCUUCUAUCAGACCAAGAUAGCGUGCCUCCAUUUAUGAUCUCGGGUGGUGCCCCGUCCAUGCUAGCGACGCGUAUCUCUUACUAUUUCGACUGGAAGGGGCCUUCUCUCGUUCUGGAUACGGCCUGCUCUUCGAGUUUGAUUGCUUUGCAUUUAGCCGUGCAAGCCCUACAGAAGGGAGAUUGCUCAAUGGCGGUUGCUGCUGGAAGCAGCUUGAUUCUGUCCGUCGAUGGCUACGUUUCCUCGUCCCAGGCGAAUAUGAUGUCGCCCUCGGGACGCAGUCAUAUGUGGGACGAGGCGGCGGAUGGAUACGCUCGUGGCGAAGGCGUGGCCGCAGUGAUACUCAAACGCCUGGACGAUGCCGUGCGAGACGGUGAUCAGAUCGACGCCGUGAUUCGGGCCACGGGAGUCAACUGUGACGGACGCACCAAGUCCCUUACGAUGCCUAACGGACUGGCCCAGGGUGAACUCAUCAGCUCUACCUAUGCUGCUGCUGGGCUCGACCCUCUAAGUCCCGCCGACCGGUGCCAAUUCUUCGAGGCCCACGGAACAGGUACUCCCGCGGGUGAUCCGCAGGAGGCGGAGGGCAUCGCGAAUGCAUUCUUCAACAAAGAUUCACCGAGAGACGAGACGAUGUACGUCGGCUCGAUAAAAACGGUGAUUGGUCAUACUGAAGCUGCGGCCGGCAUUGCUGGUAUCAUGAAAGCCGCACUGGCCGUUCAGCAUGGCGUCAUUCCUCCGAAUAUGCUCUUUAAUCGACUAAGCGCUAAGGUUGCACCGUUUGCCGAUCACCUCAGGGUUCCGACGAAGGCGCUCCCCUGGCCUGAUCUUCCGGUCGGAGCUCCUCGACGAGUGUCGGUUAACUCGUUCGGCUUUGGAGGUGCUAAUGCCCACGCCAUUGUUGAGAGCUAUACUCCUUAUAAUGCUGUUUCGUCAUUACCCGACGCGACUGCCACCACUGCAUUCCUUCCCUUCGUGUUUUCCGCUGCGUCCGAAAAAUCGCUCAAGGCUGUGCUGCAGCAGUAUGUCAGCUGGCUGGAGGAAAACCCGACCGUCGAUUUGUCGGAUUUGGCCAAUUCCCUCUUGACCAAGCGAUCGAUUCUCAACAUUCGGGCCGUUUUCACUGCGGGAACAGUGGAAGAGUUGCUUGAGAAACUCAAUGAUGAAUUGAAAGAAUCACAGACAACAAUCACCCGACGUCUUAGCCCUGGACCGAAGAAGAUCUUGGGUGUUUUCACUGGACAAGGCGCGCAAUGGCCGCGUAUGGGAAUCGAUGUCAUUGAAGAAUGCCCCCAGGCUGCUGUGUGGCUGCAGGGACUCCAGAAAUCCCUCGACAGCUUACCUCUUGAAUAUCGACCAAAGUAUACAUUGCGUGAUGAGCUGGCUGCCCCCGAAUCUUCCUCUCGCCUCAAUUCUGCCGAGAUCUCCCAGCCUGUCCGAACUGCUCUGCAGAUAAUCCAGGUGAACAUUCUACGGUCGCUUGGUAUUGAAUUCGCUGCAGUUGUCGGGCACUCAUCGGGCGAAAUUGCCGCUGCCUAUGCGGCGGGAUGGCUUUCGGCGUCGGACGCUAUUCGCGUUGCCUACCUUCGUGGACUGGCGACGAUGAACGCAGGUUCGAAGGGACAGCCCGGAGGCAUGCUUGCUGUCAACAUAUCCUGGGACCAGGCGCAGGCUAUCUGCGGCGAAGCACCAUAUAGUGGUCACGUCGUUGUCGCAGCUUCCAAUUCUCCGUCUAACGUGACGCUCUCGGGAGACGAAGACCUGAUCUCCGAGCUGGAAUGGCUUUUCGAGAGCCUUGAACAGACUCCUCGCCGCCUGCGCGUCGACACAGCAUACCAUUCCCACCAUAUGAUUCCAUGUGCGGAGCCGUACUUGCAAGCCAUGAAGGCCUGUCAGGUUCAGACCCGCCAGGGCUCGUCGACAACGAAGUGGUUCUCCAGCGUCCACGAUGCGGCGGAAAUGACCGCCCUCGAGCCUAAGUACUGGUGCGAGAAUAUGCUUCAAUCAGUGCAAUUCUCGCAAGCCUUGACAGCGGCUCUGAAAGACCAACCAGAUCUUGAUGCGAUCGUGGAAGUUGGACCCCAUCCUGCCCUCCGAGGACCUGCGCUUCAGACCGUAUCGACAAUCAAGCCUAACGAUGCCGACGUGCCAUACGUUGGGCUCGGUAAGCGCGGAACCACUGGUAUCGAAGCCAUAGCACUUGCACUAGGAUCUUUCUGGGCGCAUCUUGGACCAGAAAACAUUGACACUAGCUCUUUCGUCCGGCUCUUUUCACUUUCGCGGGAGCUGAAAUUCCUUCCAUCGCUUCCAACGUAUCACUUUGAUCAUGGCCAGACAUACUGGGCUGUGUCGCAUCAUGCUAGUGCACGCACUCAUCGGUGCCUACCUCGUCACCCCAUCCUAGGCACUACGAGUCCUGAAACGGGAGAAGGGGAAUGGCGCUGGCGGAACUACCUGCGUGUCCAGGAUCUAGAAUGGAUUGAGGGCCACAAGGUCGAGUCUCAGAUCCUUUUCCCAGCGACGGGCUAUCUUGUUAUGGCAUACGAGGCAGCUCAUAUAAUUGCUAAGGAUCGAGUAUUACAGUCUGUGGACAUUCAUGAUCUAGCUAUCGAUCGGGCAAUCGCCGUUCCAGAUACUAGCAUGGGCGUGGAAACGCUGUUCACACUCUACAAAACCGACGGCGAGGAUGAUAACAUUUUAACCGCUUUGUUCGCCUGUCAAGCACGGUUUAACGAUGCGUUCCGCUGCUGUGCCACCGGCCGUCUGGAGAUCAGAUUCGGCGAGCAGGACGAGGCCCUGUUGCCAGCUCUUGGCCCUCUUGUUGGUGGGCUGCAGAAGAUUGACUCGGAGCAUUUCUACGGAGAGCUUGACAAGCUUGGAUAUGGCUAUUCGGGACUAUUCCGCGGACUUGGGUUCAUUCAACGCCGUAAGGACAUUGCCUACGGUACUAUCCCCGUCCCCAGUACAGAAGAAGAUGACUCGAAUCUGCUGGUCCAUCCUGCCAAUCUUGAUACCAGCCUUCAGGCGCUGAUGGCUGCUUUCGCGUAUCCUGGUGACGGUCAACUGUCCGGCCUGUUCCUUCCAACUCACUUGGCACGCACCUCGAUCAACCCGGGCCUUUCCCGUGGUGGGAGUCUGCAUGUUCCUCAGAAGCAUCUUACCGUUGAGGCCAAGCUGUCGGAUGUUGGCAAGACUGGGCUAACCGGUGAUAUCCAUCUUUUCGAUUCUGAUGGCAGAGGUUUCGUACAAAUUGAGGGUAUGCACAUCUCGCCACUCACCCAGCUCAACCCAGAAGAAUGGCCGAUGUUCGUUGAGGAAGUCUGGGGUCCCCUGCUGCCGACAACCUCGCUGGCAAGCUUCAAUAAGUCGACCACGCCACGGAAUCACGCCUCUCUUGAUCUCUGUGACCGCCUCGCGCUUCUCUAUCUUCGUGAUGCUCAAGCCCAGUUGACUAGCGAAGAUCGUCAACAGCUCGACGACCAUCGGGCACGGUAUGUGGCAUGGAUGGAUCAAGUCCUUGCAUCCGUUCGCGGAGGCACGCAUCCAAACUACUCGCCUAACCACCUGGAAGGAGAUGCAGCCUCUAUUCUCGGUCGCGAUAUUCAGCGUGCCAAGCCCGUUGAGAUCUUGACCUUGGAAAAAGUCAACGAGAAUCUUGUUCCUUGGUUGCGAGGCGAAGUAGAUCUCAUGGGAGAGCUUCAGCGCCAGGGUGACCUCCUCGCCAGAUUCCAGCAAGAGUCUAGCUCCCUGGCUACCAUGAAGCAGAAUCUUGCGACUCUUGUCGGCCAGCUCGCUUUCCGGUACCCUCGCAUGAAGAUCCUCGAGGUUGGAGCUGGUACAGGCGCAGCCACCCGCUUAGUCCUGGACCAGGUUGCCCGGGACUAUCAUUCGUACACGUACACUGACAUGACGUCCGCCUCAUUCGAAGAGGUCCAGGAGACAUUUGGCGCCCACAGCGAUCGCUUUAUCUAUGAGACCCUCGAUCUGGAAAAAGAUGUUUCGGAACAAGACUUCUCAGAGAAUUCAUAUGAUCUUGUCAUUGCCAGCAAUGUUGUGCAUGCGACAAGUUCAUUCAGCGCAAGCAUGUCCCGUAUCCGACGUUUGCUGAAGCCCGGUGGCCGUGUGGCCAUCAUUGACAUGACCCAUCCGGAGCAGAUUACUUCUCCGCUUAUCUUUGGUGGUCUUGAGGCUUGGUGGCGUGGUGACUCUGAUGCUCAACCAUCAGGUCCUCUGGUUUCCCGGGACAACUGGGACCAGAUCCUGAAGUCCAAUGGCUUUGGAGGAUUUGAGGCCGUCUCGUCGGUAGAGGAAUCUAAGCGCUUUGGCAUGUUUGUGUUCACUGCCCAGGCUGUCGACGAUCAUAUUCAACGAUUGCAACAACCUCUCGCGGUUCCCGCUAAGCGACAAUAUCGCGAUCUUGUCAUAAUCGGCGGAGCGACCGAGACCACCGCAAAGCUGCUUCCUGUAGUCCAAGAGGUGGUAGGCCCUUACUUUGCCAGGAUCACCGCCGCAAGCACUCUUGAAAACUUUGUUCCUCCUGAGAAUGCCUCCCUGGCUGCUGUUCUCGCCGUCUCUGAUAUUGAUCGUCCCUGUCUGCAGGACCUCACUGCAGAUAGGUUCACAGCCCUGCAGCAACUUGUCGGAGUAACAGGAAAGCUACUGUGGGUGGCCACCGGCAAUCCAACCGAGGAGCCGUACCUGCGCAUGAGCAAGGGUUUCCUGCGCUCUGUUAGUUUGGAGAAUCCUCAUGCUCAGUUCCAGCAUCUCGCCGUGCAAGACUCAAGUGCUUUGUCGCCGGAUCUGGUCGCAACUACUUUGAUGCGAUUGGUGCAUUGUGACGCUGGAAGCGAUUACACUCUUCCGAACUGCACCGAGAAUGCAGAAUGGGAGCUCUUACUGGAAAAAGGAGUGUUGAAGAUCCCUCGCAUGCGGACUGGCCGUGACAUGAACCAGCGAUGGCUCACAAGUCGCGGAGUCCCGAAUACCCGUCAUGUGGAGCCUAGUGAGACGUGUGUUGAGGUGCGUCCAGCUGAUGAUGCGGUCGAGGGGUCGCCAUUGUCAUUGAUAUCCUCAUUUGGUGCGACACGCUAUGAUCCUAAGGUCGAAACUCAAGGAUUGAAGGAAACCACCGUUCGCAUCCGAGUUCACUAUGCCACUCUUCCUGCUGUACGGGCUGGAAGUGGUUUCUUGCAUCUUAUUCUAGGUGAAAACGAGCAAACCCGGACUCGUGUUGUCGCCUUGUCAGUGCACCACGCCUCCGUUGUUUCGACUCCUGCCUCAUGGUGUCGCCCAGUUCCUAGCUGGCUACCUGAGAAAUAUGAAGCUGGAUUCUUGAACGAUCUCAGUUCGGCCCUGGUUGCCAGGCAUUUGGUUAGUCAAGCGAAGACAGAGUCCACUAUUUUGAUCCACGAAGCUCCUCAGGCGCUCCAGGACGCAGUCUGUGCGAUGGCCUACUGCCAUGGCAUCAGGGUUCGCUACAGUACCGGCAAUCGACAAGCCAGUCAAGGUCCUGGAGCGUUAGUUAUCUCUCCUCGAAGCUCAGUUCGCGCUAUCAGUCGUCUUCUUCCCACGGGUGUGUCAGUGCUCGCUUCCUUCAAGCCUGAUACUGAUGGGUCGCUGGCCCGCUUGCAGUCCUCACUGUCACCGGAGGCGACAUACUGGGGUUUGAAGGACUUGUACGGAACCUCAUUCGCUCCUGCAGCCAAGCAACAGCCCAUCUUGGAGGAUGCUCUGGCAGCGAGCAGCCUCUUCGCCGAACAGCGCAGCCGAUUUGAGACUGCCGUUGACACACUGACCCCUGAGGAUAUCCCAACAUAUCCCGUUUCCAGCCACAAGUUGGAGAUCAUUGAUUGGCUUCACUCUGGCCCGGUCUCAACGAACAGUGUCCCAUCUAGUUCGCUGGUCACUCUGAGUAGCGAAAAGACUUUCUUGCUGGUCGGUAUGACUGGUGACCUGGGUCGCUCAGUCACCCAGUGGAUGAUCACCCGCGGAGCUCGUACGAUAGUUCUUACCAGUCGUUCUCCGAAGGUGGAUUACGAAUGGGUAGAGGAAAUGGCAGAUCUGGGUGCCCGUGUUGAGUUCAUGGCUAUGGACGUAUCAAACCGCGCCUCGGUCCUCAGAGUCCACAACCACAUCAAGUCUGAGUUGCCACCCGUCGGUGGAGUGAUCAAUGGCGCAGUCGUUAUGCGUGACGCCGCAUUCACUGAUCUGUCAUAUACCGACGUCCUCCGGGUGUUCGGCCCCAAAGUCGAAGGCAGCCGCAUCCUCGACGAGUUGUACCAAGACUCCGACCUGGAUUUCUUCAUUCUAAUGGGCUCAUUCUCCGGACCGAACGGUAACUUUCACCAAACCGCCUACGCUGCUGCCAACGAGUUCAUGGCCGCGCUGAUCAACCAGCGCCGUCGCCGGGGCCAAGUCGGCAGUAUCAUCCACCCUGCGCAGAUUCAAGGUCUGGGUCUUAUUCUCGCCAUGAACGCACACAUGAAGAACGUGCUCGCUCAACAACUCGGUCCCAUGGCUCUCUCGGAACGUGAUAUUCUCGAACAUUUCGCAGAGGCCAUCUUAGCCGGACGGCCUGACUCUGGACGUGUGCCUGAGAUUGGCGGCGGAUACCGUAUGACAGACCCAGUCGAGUUCCCUGAUGUUGUCUGGUACCGGAACCCGAAGCUGUGGUCUUUUAUUCGCCACUUUAGAGAGUCUGGCGCCGUUGACACAAAUCGGGAGGAUGUGCCUAUCAAGCAGCAGCUCUUGACUGCUGACGGUUUGCCUGCUGCGGCGGAUAUCAUCGCCGAUGGGUUCCGUGGGACUCUCCGGCGUAAAUUGCAUUUGCCUAGUGAUUCAGCGCUACCGGGAAUCACGCUGUUGACGGAGUUGGGCGUGGACUCGCUGGUUGCAGUUGAUUUGCGAAUUUGGUUUGUCAAGGAGCUGGGUGUGGAUGUGCCGGUGUUGCAGUUGCUUGGAGGGUCUUCGAUUGAUGCGCUGGCUGAGAGUGCCGCUGGAAAGUUGGAUAAGGAGCUGGUGCCACUGAUCAAGACGGAGGAGGUGUCUAAUGGGGUUACAAAUGGUGCUGAGACGAAUGGGGCUCAUAGUAAUGGUGUGCAUGCUAAUGGGCAUUCCUGA